AUCACGUUUCUGUCAGUGUAGUAGCGGAGUCCGGUAGAACCUAAAUAAACAAAGAAAAGAACGAAAGAGAGAAAGGAAGAAAGAAAAAAAAAAAAAAAGAGGGAAAGCAAAAGCAAAAGAUGUUGAAGUGGCUGCUUCUGCUUGCUUGUUUGACGUCGGUCUUUGUGGGUCGAGGGAGGUUCCAGGUCGCUGGUGAAAAAAAUGCCGUAAAGUCGAGCGGUAGUGAGGAUCACCCGCAGGAGCUCGGCGACUCGCCCAACCUCGGCGAAAUCCUGAGGAAACGUCGCAAAGAGAACCCAGACUCUUCCCCAGAGACAUUGACGCGAUACCUCAGUAAGGUCGGGGCUCUUUCGGGGAGAGAGCGGCGAGGAAAGGGCUCCAUGGCACGGAGCGGGAAGGCAUCAUGCGGAAAACUCUACAAGCUGAAACAAGGAGCGAAGAGAAAUUUCCGAGUCAAAGGGAAGGAGGACUUUUGCGAUGUAGUCUUUGAGCCAAAGGGAAAAGCGAAGCUGGAAUUGGUUUGCAAAAAGUUCAGUCUCUCGGAUUGCAAACAAGAACAUUUUGUCGUUGAUGACCAAGACUCCGAGGACACGUAUUGUGGUAACGAAAGACCGAGCAAGAGAACGGGGUUAGACUACUUGCAUCUCACGUACAGGAAAACCGGUGACAUCAGCGAUAAGCCAAAUAUCUUGUGUACAGUCAAAGGCGUUAAAGCUUCUGGCGGAGGAGGGGGGAGUAGUGGAACACAGGCGUCAGGAUGUGAAAAAGUGUGUGGGAAGGCUUCAGAAAGUGCUGGGGCGUCAAAGAUCGUGGGCGGGGAAGCAUCGACUCCCGGAGAAUACCCCUGGAUGGUUUUUCUGUCCAUCAUUGAUGGCGAUUUAUCCUACCUCUGCGGUGGAUCCAUCCUCACGACAUCUCACAUUAUAACGGCAGCCCACUGUGUCGAUUAUGAUAGUCCACAAGUAAUAGUGGUAGCAGGCGAGCACAAUGUAAACAAAGAAGACGAAACUAUCACACAAAUCAUUCGUGGUAAAAAAAUCACGAUGCAUCCGAAGUUCAACUCAAAGACCCAGGCCAACGAUAUUGCUAUAAUCACACUGAAAUCGUCUCUGGAAUGGACCGAGAAUGUCGGACCCAUUUGCCUGCCACCUGAUAAUACCUUCGAAAAUAGGAAGGCAGUCAUAAUAGGAUGGGGAUUGUUAGACUACCCGGGGUCAACGUUUCCGGAUGAAUUACAGGAAGCGGCAGUCACUGUGUCCGACCAUAAGGAGUGUAAGGAGAGUUAUGCAUUCUCGAACUUCCCUGUUACUGAUAAACAUAUUUGCGCUGCCGAUCCUGGAAGGGACUCUUGCAGGGGCGACUCUGGGGGUCCCCUGAUGACGAAAGAAAACGGAGUGUGGGUGCUGCUCGGUUUGUCAAGUUUCAGCACAUUGGAAUGUGCUACUGAAGGGUUCCCUGGCGUGUACACUCGCGUCUCUUCCUACAGUCAAUGGAUACUCAGUAAAAUCUCUUCCGGAUCUUGUUAGUGCGUGUUGGCGAUGCAUCGUGACUUAGAAGACGAAAAUGUAAACCUCUUUUCGUUUUUUUUUUGGGUCAGAUAAAAAAAAAAAAAAAAGAAAUAGUAAAAAGAACGUAAAAUGCAAGGAAUAUAAACCUCAUACCCAUCUCA